GCUGUUAGGCACAUUGCUUGGCUUUACCUGACAGGUUAGAGCUGCUUGUUACCCAGAUCUUGGAACGCUCUCAAGGAACUCCCACAGCAGAGGUGACGACGUAUCGAUCUGAGAUUGGGGAGAGACUGCACCGCCACCACUCUUUCUUUUUUCUUGAAUCGUACCGAGGCCAUCAUGUCUGGAACCGUGUGGGCUACGGAGCCUCAUGCUGACCUUCCCAUCAAGAUGGGCACCUCGGGAGCAGCAGCGAAGCCGCCCACGACGGUUUUCAAGGUGUUCCAGAAGGCGGUGGAAAAUCACGGGGAGAACGUCGCCCUUAAGUUCAAGGACACUUCGGGGGGCGUGUCUGCGGACGAUGCCCCGUGGCAGACGCUAACCUGGGCGCAGUUCUACAUGGAGACCCUCAGGUUCGGCAAGAGUCUCAUGUCGUUGGGCUUCGCGCCACACCGCUCGAUCAACAUCAUCGGCUUCAACUCGACCGAGUGGUUCAUCGCCAAUAUGGGAGCCAUUGCGGCGGGAGGGAUCCCUGCCGGCAUCUACACCUCCAACCUCCCGGAGGCUUGCCAGUACAUCACGAACCACUCCGAGGCGGAGGUGGUGGUGGUCGAGAACGAGGCACAGCUCGACAAGUUCGUCAAGCUGGCGGCCACCCUCACCUCGGUGAAGGCCAUCGUGAUGUAUAGGGGCAAUGUACCGGAGGGGACGGACUGCGGCUUCCCCGUCUACACGUGGGACCAGUUCAUGGAGCUCGGGGGUGAGAUUCCGGACUCCAGUAUCCAGGAGCGUAUCGAGGCGCAGAAGCCGGGCGAGUGUUGCUCUCUCAUCUACACCAGCGGGACCACCGGAAAGCCCAAGGCGGUCAUGAUCAGCCACGACAACAUGACUUGGACCGCGGAGACCCUGACGACGCAGUUCCCCCUGAACGAAACCUCUAGGGUGGUGUCAUACCUCCCGCUCAGCCACAUCGCCGCACAGAUCUUGGAUAUGCACGGACCGAUGUUCUUAGGCUGCACAGUCGCGUUCGCUCAGCCGGACGCCCUGAAGGGGUCCCUUGUCAAGACGCUAAGGGAGAUCCGCCCCACGGUCUUCUUCGGCGUGCCCAGGGUGUGGGAGAAGAUGUACGAAAAGAUGCAGGAGGUGGGACGCUCCAUCAAGGGAGCCAAGAAGUCCAUCUCCACAUGGGCGAAGGGCAAGGGCUUGGCGCACGCGAGGAUGCAGCAGUACGGCGCAGGAGGCGGCGUCCCGUGCGGCUUCGGUGUCGCCAACGCGCUGGCCUUCUCUAAGGUGAAGGCGAACUUGGGUCUGGACCAAGCCACUUGCUGCUUCACCGGCGCCGCUCCCAUCGCGGUCGAGAUCAUCGAGUACUUCGCGUCCCUCAACAUCCACAUCCUCGAGCUGUUCGGGCAGUCGGAGUGCACCGGCCCUCAGACGUUCAACACCGCCGAGGCGUGGAAGAUCGGGACCUGCGGACGCCCGAUGGCGGGCACCGAGUCCAAGCUUGUGCCGGAGACGGGGGAGCUUUGCUACCGUGGUCGCCACAUCUUCAUGGGGUACAUGCACAACCCCGAGAAGACGGCGGAGACGAUCGACGAGGACGGCUGGAUGCACAGCGGGGACGUCGCCACGUUCGACGAGGACGGCGACGACAGGACCGAAGGUCCCAGCGGCUUCAUGCAAAUCACGGGGCGUAUCAAGGAGCUCAUCAUCACUGCCGGGGGAGAGAACGUGCCGCCGGUGUUGAUCGAGAACGAGUUCAAGACCGAGCUUCCGUGCAUCGCCAACUGCAUGGUCGUCGGAGACAAGAGAAAGUUCCUCUCCAUCCUCAUCGCCCUCAGAUCCGAGGUGGCCGAGGACGGCACGCCGACGUCGAAGCUGGCGGGAGACAGCUUGACGGCGUGCGAGAAGAUCGGCAGCACGGCCACCACCAUCGAGGAGGCCAAGGCAGACCCCAAGUGGACGGAGUACAUCGACAAGGCCGUGAAGGCUUGCAACAAUCGCACGACGUCCAACGCGCAGAGGGUGGCCAAGUGGGCCUUGCUCCCCCACGACUUCUCCGUAGAAGGUGGCGAGCUGACGCCUACCUUGAAGCUCAAGCGCGGCCCGGCCUCCGAAAAAUACGCCGACAUCAUCGAGGGUCUAUACGCAUGAUUUCCUAACGCGAUCUUAUGUUUCUGUGCAGCGCCAUCCUCUUCCGCCAAGCAGUACAAUUGGAGGCGUGAAUCAGACACCUUUUUUUUUUUUCCGGGGCCGUGUUGCUUCAAGACGGGACGAUAGUUGGAUGACAUAAAUGUGUGGUUCCGUUUCAAUCUCUCCUCGUGGCGUGUCCCACAGAUUUCACGUGCCGUCUUGUGGUCUAUGGCGUAAAGCGGUUGGGCGUGUGUGCGCCGCGAUGCGUUCGGCCGCUGAAAAUUCCGACGGGAUCAGAAUUGUCUUCCUCCAUUUUGAUAUCACGUUGUUGUUCCCAAUGGUGAGACGUGGAUGGACUAAGAUCGUGUCGAAAUUUUCCGUUCUUGUCGUUGAUUGGUCUAUUUUGUGGGUUUGGUUCUCCUGCAUGAUGUUCCUCGUCGCGGUCGGCUCAUGGCCUGAUGAUCCAGUUCCGAGUAAGAAAAGUGGCCUUCGUUUUUGGCCCGGUGCGUUUGAAGAGCUUGCUUUCAUCUCCACCCUCACGAUGUGCUCGCGUUCGGAACAUCUGGUUUUCACUCCUUGCUUGGAGAUGGGAUCGACUGGCAUUAGCAUGCUUUUGCCGGCUCCACAUGGGGGUUAGGAUAUGUUUCACUGCGAUGGCGGGGUUGUGUUUGCGGGAAGGUAAGCGUUGUCUGCGCCGUGAUUUCGCUGCUGGGCGUCCUUGCCACCAAGCGUCGACAAGGUCUUUGUUUUGCUGUUCUUUCUCCACACCGAGCAUGUCGCCUUUAAAUGUGUAUCCUAGGGGGCGGUUUCUUCACGGGUAUUAUCCCAGUUGGCAACUAGCUGCUGGUGUCGCUUGGAUCUGUCGCCCGAACCAGGCUUGCUUCCACGCCGUUGAUCGGACUCCCGUCUCUUUGUUUUGUACUUUGUUACCUGCGUGGUGGCUUUCUUUUUACCAGCGGAUUCACUUUCGUUCUCUUCCAGGAGUACAUGACAGCUGUUGGAAGAAAAUGUUGAACCAAGUUUACGGCCGAACAGGUUCCGACCCCGAGUCAGUCCCAUGCGAUAUACCACUUCGUGCGGUGAUUUGCUGGAGGAUUUGUUCACAAAACCAGCUCUCGCCUUUUCGAUGAACGAGUCCGAUAUCUGUACAAUCGACCACAAGAGUUUCUCUCUGUCCUUGAACAUGACAUGCAAAGGCAUCGUGCGGGCGGAGCUAGACGCAGGAUCGUUGUGGUUUUCUGGUAUUUUUGGAGCAUUCUCGUGAGAGCGCCGCGCCAGUUGAGGUCGGGGCUAUACCCCCCGGCUACAUCAACCACAACGAAUGGCGGCAGCUGCAGGCCCCAUCUUACAGCCAGCCUCCGAUGCGUGGCUGGCCUUGCGGGACAGAGGGACGCACAAUCCUCGCCCCCUGUCAUGGGUGCUCGCCUGCCUUCUAGCUCCCCCAUCCUUGCCUUGUCCAUGUUGCGAUCGAUGGCAGAGGUGUUCCGGGAUACAGGCAGGGCGUGGCGGCCUUCAGUUACUCUUUCGCCACAGAAGACGCCCGCAGUUUUCUGAGGGGUCAGUGUACCCAUCUCUACUUAUGAAAAGAGUCAAGAUAGAUUCGCAAUGAAUCCAUAGAGUCAGUGAAGUCAACCUGUAUCUCAACGAUUUCCUGAGCAGCACACAGACGGGAAAUUUCCUUUGGUGGAAAAAUCCGUGGUCCACCGAUGACGUCACCCACAGUCUUGAUUGGUUGAGCUAAAUUCCUAUACAUACAUCCCGCUCCAAUGUACUUCAGAAGACGAUCCAAUCACAUUGUCUACAUGGAUAGCGCACAAGUACACAAAAAAAAUAGUUGGCCCAGGAGCCAUUUCGCCGAACAAACCCGACAGAUACGGAGUGCAGCUAGCGCCCGCACUUCCUAUCUUUGUAGAACUCAUCGCUACCGUAAACAACAUAUUCGCCUGAUUGAGAGCGAAGUAUCUGAUUGAGAGCGAGAGCCAAAAAAAUUGAAAUUUCGGGUCCAGACGCCUCUUGCCAUUUCUUGGCAAGUAGGGGACGGGCUAUUCCAAGAAGCGGUGCAAAUUGAAGGUCUCAUCAGCAGCUUCGCGAGCAUAUGCGUGUCAUCGUCAUCGGAUGCUGCAGCGAGGAGCUAGACAAGUUGCUAGAUUUGCCCAGAUUGGCUAUUUCUGCUCAAACUGUUUCAGGGCGGUAUCGCGUCGGGCGGUGGGCUCUGCUGUAGCUUCUGCUCCCCGCUGUAGCUCCACAACGAGAGACUCCCACAGGAUGACCAGGGUAGCGGCUUGAAGCUACGGGCUAGCCCUUCAAUUCAAGCUACACAGCAAGCUCCACCUCUCAGUGGUAGUCCGGCUACAGCGUAUCGCGCAAUCUCGCUCUCAAUCAGAUGCUACGCUCUCAAUCAGGCGAAUAUGUUGUUCGUAUCCCUACCCCUAACCUCGGCACUGACGAAACUGAAAAUUCCAACUUGCACAACUAGCUCGGUUAAGGACCCCUAAACUAAAACCCAGCUCCACCAAUAGUCGCUAGACCAGCACCCAAAAGUUCAGCAGCUUGAACUAACAGUUUUGAAGGGUAACAUAAAUAUAGUAACGGCACUUAUUUUUUUAUUUUCACAAAUUUUAUUAAAUGGGAGCAGGGGGGAUUGAACUCCCGGAUUCUUCGUGCUUAGAGCGGGCCCCUUUCAAAGAAUAACCCAAUGAACUAGAGUACGAACCCCAUAGCCUCGGCCAGACUAGAAGUUCCUAUGCAUGCAUAUGUGCGGGCGCUUACUACUACAUGGCAAGUGCCGCCCAAAAACAAACGCCGCCCGACCGCACAACGUUUAGUCUAUUUUUUUCUCGGCGGCGGUCGUCGUAGUUGCUCAUGCUACAUUCGCUUGUUCUGGUACUUGGACACACGACGAUUGCAAGGAAAGGCUAUCUGCAACAUGAAGCGGCAAAGCGACCGAUGUUUGGUCCCUUCACCGAUGCUUGGUACGUCCCUGUGAAACGCUCCUCGCGUUUGUACACGCAGUCGGUCUUCUUAUCAUACAUACAAGCUGGGCCAGCCAAGAAGCCAACAAAAUGGUUUGAAAUGAUUUCCGAGCCGGUUUUUAAGAACUACAGCAGCAGUGGAACCGAUUGUCCCACAUUUUUGGGGCGGGGUGAUAUUUUUUAAAGGGUUGUCAAAAGAAUUGGGUGACAAACAAAUGUGCGUUGGAAAGCUCUCUCUCGCCAGUAGCUUUCGAAUAAGCCGUUCAAAAGCGGUGGGUUCGCUCUGGAUCAAGAGUUAUGGACCUACUACCAUCGCCAGCGAAGGUACUUUACUCCACUGAAUCCUCCAUAUCUCGACAACUACGGCGAACCCACCGAAAAAAGUUGCAGAUAAUUGACGCUCUCCUUCUGUUCUAUUUUAUGGCGGCGUU